GUAAAGCAUUUCUGCUUGGAUUUACUGAACGAUCCAGUGACUUUAUCCUGUGGACAUAGUUUCUGUAUGAACUGCAUUAAUAGCUUCUGGGAUCAGCAAAGAGAUUUCAGUUGUCCCCAUUGCAGAGAGAGAUUCAGUCCGAGGCCUGCUAUACGCAGGAACCACAUGCUAGCUGAGGUGGUGGAGAAACUGAGAGAUACUGGUCUGUAACUCAUGGCUGAUUGUUAUGCUAAACCUGGAGAUGUUGAGUGUGACAUCUGUACUGGAAAAAAGAGAAAAGCUGUCAAGUCUUGUCUGGUGUGUCUGGCGUCCUACUGCAAAGCUCAUUUUCAACCUCACGAUGAGUCCGCCGCCCUGAAAAGGCAUACAGUGGUGGAAGCCUCUGCACACCUUCAUGAGAAAAUCUGCCCACAACAUGGGAGGCUUCUGGAGGUUUACUGCCAAACAGAUCAGAAAUGCAUUUGCUAUCUGUGCACACUAGAUGAACACAGUGGUCACAAAAUGGUUUCAACUGUAGCUGAGAGGGCAGAGAAAGAGCCGGUGGCCAGCGUUGGAGUACUCAAAAAAUAG